CAGUCGAAAUGGAAAGGCUUGCCCUUUUGAGGGACAGGUGCAGAGGUGAUGUUGAAAGCAAAUUGUGUAGCCUAUGAUUAAACCCUUGGUAAGAUGCAGCAGGUGUGGCUACUUGCUUUCCGAAACUAAGGAAAUAACUGUCCAAGAGUCUUAAACAUGAAACUUAAAUGGGAAGCAAAAGUCUGAAAAGUUAGAAGAACGUACAUCAGGCCAUGAAGAAAAUGCACACAGAUAUACAUAACUCCAUAUUUGACAAGAGGAGGACAGGAUUUGACCAAGAUUAUUAAAAGUAAAGACAAGACCUUCUGCAGCUACCAACUCGAAGAGCAAGUGUAAUUAGGAGAUGGCUGAGAACGAGAAAGAAGGAACUACUGCUAUUCCACUUGAGGAAAUGGGAACUCAAUUGCAGGAACCAGCAAAAGAGCACAAGCCAGACACCACAGGUGAGGUAGAGCAGAAGACAUUCACAGUAGCAGAGGCUGUGGAAACCAUUGGCUUUGGGAGAUUUCACAUUGCGCUUUUUAUGAUAAUGGGCAGCACUGGUGUGACAGAAGCCAUGGAAAUUAUGCUGAUUGCUGUGGUGAGUCCAGUUAUCCGGUGUGAAUGGCAACUUCAAAACUGGCAAGUGGCUUUCGUGACAACUAUGGUGUUCUUUGGUUACAUGGUAUCCAGUUUAAUAUUUGGAGUUCUAGCUGAUAGAUAUGGCCGCUGGAAGAUUUUAUUCUUCUCUUUCAUCUGGGGAGCCUAUUUCUCCUUGCUGGCAUCAUUUUCCCCAUCGUACAUCUGGUUUGUCUUCCUCCGAACCAUGGUGGGAUGUGGUCUGUCAGGUCAUGCACAAGGGCUAAUAAUAAAAACAGAAUUUUUGCCUACAAAAUACCGGGGCUAUAUGUUGCCAUUAUCACAGGUGUUUUGGUUGACAGGCUCCUUAUUAAUUAUUGGCUUGGCAUCUGUGAUUAACCCAACCAUUGGAUGGCGGUGGCUGGUUCGAGUUUCUGCUAUUCCAGGCAUCAUUCUCAUCCUAGCAUUUAAGUUUAUCCCUGAGUCUGCCCGGUACAAUGUCUCAUGUGGAAAUGAGAAGGCUGCCCUCGCCACCCUGCAGUGGAUUGCUAAGAUGAAUCGCUCUGUUAUGCCUGAAGGAAAAUUGGUGGAACCUGUUGAUCAAAAAAGGGGUAGAUUCAAAGACCUUAUGGAUCCCAAAUACUUAAGGACAUCUCUACAAAUAUGGAUUAUAUGGCUCACUAUAUCUUUUGCUUAUUAUGGUGUCAUCCUAGCAAGUGCAGAGUUACUGGAGAAGAACCUGGUUUGUUCAACAGAAGGAGGAACAGGAAAGGAUGAAAUUGGUGAUACUUUUGAGGGGAUCCAUAGUCCUUGCUUCUGCCAUCUGUUUGCCCCGUCGGAUUACCAAAUCAUGUUCAUCAGCACAGUUGGAGAGAUUGCAUUAAACCCUUUAAAUAUUCUGGGCAUCAAUUUCCUGGGAAGGCGAUUGAGCCUAACCAUAACCAUGGGAUGCACUGGAGUCUUCUUCCUCCUCCUGAAUAUAUGCACAUCAAGCGUGGGUCUCAUUGCUUUUCUCUUCAUGCUGCGUGCCUUUGUCUCUGCAAAUUUCAAUACUAUCUACAUUUACACAGCAGAGGUUUAUCCAACUACAAUGAGAGCCGUAGGUCUGGGGACCAGCGGUUCUCUCUGUCGUAUUGGUGCUAUGACGGCACCUUUUAUAGCACAGGUGCUUAUGAAUGCUUCUUUCCUGGGAGCUCUUUGCCUUUUUGCUUCAGUUUGUGUUGUAGGCGCCAUCUCUGCUUUCACUCUGCCCAUUGAAACCAAAGGGAGAGCACUUCAGCAAAUGAAAUGAAGAAGUGGAAGCAGAGAUCUACAAGAUACCAUUGCAGCUCACCAGUUUGACCCUGUUCAUCAACAGGACAACUGUGUAUUUCUCCGUAUGUGUUUUAAAAAAAUGUAGUGUAAACCUGAUGUAUUUUCAUGUCUUCAAAUGGAAACCUCUGCAUAACUUAAAUAACUAGAAUGAAAUUCCAGAUGGUAGAUUUUUUAAAAAUACCUUCACAGCAGCAUGUUUAACCAGGGUUUAGAAGGCUGUGUAACUAGAGUCCAAGGUCUGGUCUCCAUUCAAAACAAUAUGCUAUUCACAUCAGAUAAAAGUAAACAGGAAAUGUUUGUUACACAGA